AUGAGGCGACCCAUGCACCUAAUACUCGCUUUGCUAAUCACCAGAGAACAAUUCCGAACCACUAACCAGCAGAGUGCAAAGCAGAUUCUCUCUAAACCGCCAACUCAACAGCCUUCUGUUCUGUCUCCAUUGGCUGGAGACGAAUUCUCUUGCUACUCUCAUCUUGAGUUCAGUAACAAGAAAGAGCAGCUCGAUCUUGGUGAGCUAGACUGGCUUGCAGAGAUGGGUUUCUCUGGUGAACAGCCUGAUCAAGAAGCUCUACUGGUAGCUGAAACCCCGAGCUUUCUUAUGUUCAUUCCUACAAUAAACCCAUUAAAUCCAACGUUUCCAACAAGAAGCCGAGGCUUGAGAUUAGUUAUGAUGAUGAAGAUCACUUCUGUCGUUCAUUGUCCCUGA